AUCAGAAUUCCACUACGAAGGUGUUGCUCCCACGAAGUGCGUGGGGCACACUAGGCUAAAUAUUUGUUGCUAAAGAUGGCGGAAAUGACCAUUCACGUAAAAAUGCGUUAUACUUUCACCUUUAUCAACUGAACUGGUGAAGUUUAACCUAAAAUAGAAGUUUUUAUGUUUUGCCUGUAUAUUAAGGCUUCGCCUUGUCCUUAGCUCAUUGAAUUGUGGCUUGGGUGAUGGAUAAGAUUUGUCAUAAUUUUAUUUAUUAUGAACUUGCUAUUUUUUGGAGCGGGUACGUAAAACUGUUGUGAGGACAACAUACAACAAAUUAUGUAUUCAGACUGGGUUUCUUUAAGUGAAAAUAUUCGAAAUGAUGAUAGUGGAAGAAGUGCAUUGGAACAUUAUCCAAACUCCGUUGGGUGGGAUGUGGCAAGAGCAGUUGUCAAAAAUCUUGUUGACGAUCCAGUCGAGAAUACACCUAAGCGUGUCAUGUCGGUAGAAGAUGUAAAAUGGACUAUGAAUGUAAUAUGCUUUGGCUUGGGAAUGCCUUUAUCAGAGGGAGAUACUGUAAAAGGAUGUGUACAUACAUAUUUGGAUUGGUUAGGCUGCUUAUCAUCUCAACCUAAGGAAACGAUACCCAAUGUAAUUCUUAAUGACCCAAAUAUGUACUGUGAGAGGAUUUUACUGCAUUUUAAGAAUUUGUUCAUACCAAGGACCCCAGGUUCAUUAGCAUUGCAGGCUUCCUUAUGUAUGAAGGUAUUACAAGGUGUUCAACGUAUCUCACAUGAAUGUAGCAAGAUCAAUAAAAAGACCAUAAAUGCAAUGUUACGAUUUUUGUUAUCAAUAUCAGACUCAUUGUUAUCUCCACCUUUUGUACCUGGUGGACUCACAGAACAGCUUUGUAAGUUGCUAAUUGAAGUCUUGUUUGAUGUUUGGCUCCAAGCAUGUGUAUGGGCAUUUCCUGAUCCAUCUCUUUGGCGUACUUUGCAAGAAAUGUGCUCCACAUGGCGACAUCAUGGUGAUUUAGUCAUGCUUUGGAAUAAAACAAUGUUUUCUAUAGCAGUCUGCUGGUUGAAUAUGGUAGUACUUUUCCUUUGUAUCCUCUUCAUGACAAGAAGCAGAAAUUCAAUUCCCAUAAGUCUCGAUAGGCAAUGUUUGAUGCAAUGUUGGUUUAUUUUGCACAUCAUGGAUAACCCUGUGGAUUUGGUAAAAGUGAUUGGCAACAUGCCUAAAUUCAAGGAGCAUGCUUUGGUGAGACAGUCUCUACAACUGUCAGAACAUCCUUGUUUGAUGUCAAUGCCUCAAAAUUUUUACACAGCCAUGAAAGGAAUAGCCACCCUGGCUGACACAUUGCUAGGAAAAAAGUGUACAUGUGAUUCACCGGUUAUGUACAAUGAAAUCAUACAUGAUGCUUCCAAUUGCUUGGUUUUAAAAAAUGGAAUUAAAGAACCUCUGCAUAAUUCUUCUUCCAAUAAUCAAAUCCUCAAUAUGAAACGAAGCUUUGAUUCAAAGAGUCAAGGACAAGUUGAAGUUCCAAUCGGAUUUCUCUUUAACCAGCCAGAUGGCCGUAACACAAAUUUGUUAAUGCCUUAUGAGAAUACUGUAUUGCACCUUCUUGGAUCAUGGCUUUUUGAAGCAACAUUGACCCACGUAAAUGUUCAAGCUGUAAAAACUAAACUUCAUCUUAUUUGGCAAAUGUACCACAGGUCUUCAGAAACAUGGAAAAACUUAAUAAUUCCAUCUGAGAUGUUAGCUUCUCUUAUCUCUGGCUGUCAUUUGGUUUGUUAUUUGAUCAUUUUAAUUUGUUUUCAUUUACCAGCAGCAAAAGAUGCAGAUGUUAGUGUGAGCGAAAACAACAAAUUUGAACAAGGAAGAGCAGAAGCUUUUGGUGCAUUAUGCAGGAUCUACUGUAGCCAAUCAGGCAUGAUUUUACCCAUCUAUCUGUCGAGGUUCUAUUUUUCACUAGCUGCUGGUCUCAUAUAUUCUUGUUCAGGACAUGUGCUGUCAAGCAUUCUUUUGAACUCCACUGAUCUACUACGUGUUAACUUACCUGGAGUUGAUGUAAUUUUGCCCCAUUUGUUGGCAGCUUUGGAGAAAGUUUUGGGUCACAAUGAACUGAGUUUAAAGUGUAAUGUAAAAAUGGUACAACUGCAAAGAGCCGCCAUUCAUUUACUACUCUCUAUGUUAUGUCUUCCUGACCAUUUUGCUGAUGUAUCUAUAGCAAAUCUCUCAACGAGUGAAAAGGUUUUGGAUGAUCAGACAGUAUCGUUUCUUUCCUUGAAGCCAACUCUUAGAAAACUCUUGAUAAACGCUUUGGAGACUGAAACUGAUUCACAUAACACACAACUUUUACUCGGAGGAGUCAUGUUGUUCGUUCAAGACAGCGCUUUCGUGGAAGAACAAUGUAACACAUGUACGUCACUCUCCCCAGGCUCCCUCCAUCAACCUAGAAAGCCAUACAUACAGGAGGAAGAGAUGAUACAUGAUAAGGAGGACGUUAAUCAACCCGAACAUUCCGAAAAGAAAGAUUGUGGUGCUGGGUACAACGAUUUAGGAUCUUCGACGAGCGCUUUGUUUGGAUAUCUCAAUAAUCUCGUAAAUAAGAAAUUGAUAUUCGGCAGUAAAUGGAAGACAGAUAUUCACGUGACUCUCUCCGCAUUUGAACUAAUGUCAGCAAUGGCCGAGACACAUUCACAACAUUUAGAUAAAGAGGAGUGCCGUCGUACGAUCAAAUGGUUAUGUGAUUACGUGGAAUAUCAGGCAAAGCAACCCGCUCCCUUUCAUACACGUGAUCUUCAUUCAAUGAUGGUUGCUGCAUUUAAUUGUUUAUUGACUUGGAUCUCGUCACAUCCUUGGCUACUGGAUGGUCAGAAAAGUCUUCAGGCCAUAUUGGAGGUCGUGGAACUUGGAAUUUCAGGAACGAAAUCGAAAGCAAACGAGAACCAUGAACAGCUCGUUGAAGACGUCAAGAUCCUUCCUAAAGGAGAGAAGAUUUUAAGACCUGCGUCAUUUCGCGUACGAGAGGCGGCUGAGGGAUUACUGAGUUGUAUUAUGGAUAACGUUGGUGCAUUUCCUUCUCCAUGUGGUCCUGCUUCAUGUUCUGCUUUGAUGGAUGAAGACAUUCUUAUGGAAUUUUUACCAGAAGAUGAUCAGAAUAAACGUUUUCAAUAUUUUGUUGUCGAGGACAGUGUUAUAAUGGGCAUACUGCAGGAGUCCGUGCAGACACACGAUGGUAUUCGUCCAACAGCGACGAUUUUACUGCGUGGUCCAACUGGCCGAACAUCUUGGACGGUCGAAUUGAGGCAAAUACCUGACUGCAAAAAGGAUACUUUAGGUGUAUGCCAACAUGACGCUCCAAAGAGACCUGAACCUAAUCUUGAUAUUCCUGUCAUUCCGCCGUGUGUUCGCCCCCAUUUCCCAGCUGAUGUUGAAUGUGUUACUUUGACUAAAGCGAAUUUAAGCAUUCCAUGUAUCGAUCAAAUACCAUGUGAAAAAUUGUCGCUCGAAAAUGAAUUCUUUCAAAAUCUGAUUGACCAACAGAAAGAGGAAGAACUUACUGCACAAGAAAUGGUACUCAACGAAAAAGAAAGUUCUUCGGGUUUCCUAGUGGAAACGAAACCGCCAAAGUCAGUUUGUGAGUUCAGUGCUUGUCGUAUGAUACUGGCUAGGCUGGGUCUUCUUCGACCCGACAAUGAGAAAGUGCGAUCGAUGGACACACCUAGCUCACUGACCUCGAUAAGUCGCCUGGACACAGUUGAUAACACACUUCGUGAUUCUUUGCGGGAACUGGACCGACUGCCAACAAGAUGCUUCGACACUGUAUACAUUCUUUACAUGAAAUCAGACCAAGAUGAUGCAAAACUGAUUCUAAGAAACGAGAUAAAAUAUUGCGAAUACAAAGAUAUGUUCUGCGAGUUUCUGCGCUCGCUUGGCUGGCCUGUGGACAUUGAAGAUCAUCCUGGGUGGACUGGAAACAUGAAUACCAGUUGGAAUUUGAAUAACUUAAAAACGUACACGUCAUCACAUCAUAACAACUCCCAUACACUUCCUAGAAAAAGGUCAUCUUUAGACUCAAGCUGCAGCGAACCUCUGACCGCUGUACUCGAGGAGUCGGAAGAUUCAAAAGAUGGUAUGGCUGCAGAUUAUCAUAAGAUAAUAUAUGCCGACUAUAGCUAUUUCCUCGCGUGGAAGCCAAACGCAGGAAAUCACGCCCUAUCACACAAAAACAAAACGAAAAGUGUAUGCAGAGAAACGAACUCAAGCGUCUCUAGUCUUCCCAGUGUAAGCAGUUCAUCCAGCUUACUUGAUGUUUUGCCGCCAAAUCGAACUUUAACUCUCACUAGAAAUACAGCGGACACUGGUAUAGAUCUCAGAUAUUUAUCCAAACUGAAUACUCACUCCACUUUGUCUGAGAUUAACAUUCUUGUGGUAUGGUUGGAGAAAUUUCUCGAUCAUGACUUGUUUCCAGCAGAUAUUUUAAAUGAGUUGGGAAUUUGUAGCAAAGAGCCAACUGCUGUGACCAGUCCCAGUGGGAAACCUGUGGAAAGAGAAACGGCAGUCAUCUUUAUUGCUCCCUUACACAAUGGCUUGUUUCGUAUACGAACGAAAUGUACUAUGAAGUCUCCGAUGGCUGGUCCGUUGGUCGACGGUAUGGUAGUGAGCCAGCGAUCUUUGGGCGCAAUGGUAAGACAUACCGCCGUCAAUAUUGGGUGCAGGCGCCGUCUUGAUAUUGACAAUUACUCUUCACCACACGUGUACAGAAAGUUGAAAAUUCAAGACAUUAUCAGAAGAUGUCGACAGGAGAUGACAUUCCCCGAGUUUUAUGCAUCGCUAUUUAGAGGAUAAAUCUUUCUUCAUGAGGAUCUUUCGUCAUAAAUAUGAUUCCAUUUGCAGUGUAAUGUAUCCUUUCGCUCGAGAAUAGAAAACUUUAGUUAUUGCACGAGGAGAUCAAAUCAUAAAUACUUUAUCAUUCUCAAUCCUUAAAGACACUUUCAUCAUCAGUUUUGACUAUCCCAAGUUCUUUGAUAGGGCUUGGCAUAAAACAUUACUCAAUUAUUUAACCGUGCUUGAAGAGAUCGAGAAGCCGGAAAGAACAUGUUAAGUAUUGUGUGAUUGCUGAGUUUGAGAAACUCUAGCUAAGUAUGGUCAUGUGGAGCUCAAAAAGUUUUGUAUAUUUUUUAUGUCACCCACACUGGAAGAUCGUUUUCAUUUUGUGACGAUAGUUUUUCACCCUUAGCAGUCUCUUGUAAAGGCAACUUUAUAUGGUAGUGCAUUUCACGUUUUUGUGUUGGUGACAAAAUCUCCACGUGACUUCUCUUGUUUCUAACUCCGUUUCAAACGUAAGCAAAGUUAAGUUUCAUUUGGUAGAUAGUCGGCGGAUUAUUUCGUUAUGUCACAAUUGUUUCAAUCUACUCCAUGAUAUACAUAUAAAAUUCAAUUUGUGUUCGUAACGCAGCUCUUAGGUUAUUUCAUAAUAUAAUAUUAUACUCAAUUAAUAAUUUAUUAUUUCAAUCUGUUAAUUACAUGAAAAAUUACUGGCAUUUGCCAGUAAAAUUUCAAAGGCUUUUAGGCCUCGUGUAUUCAUAUUGUGCAGGUGGCUCAGUUACAAGUUAGUUAUCAAGAUAUUUAAGUAUUUUACUGCAUAUCGAAAUAAAUGUUUUAUGUUUUA